UUCCCGGAAUCUCAAAAAAAAAAACGCCGCGAAGAGAAAGAAUCUGCAAACGAUGGCCACCGUCGAUAAGGGAGUAGAGAUCGGCAAGGAGAAGGAACUGAAGCACCUAGGGUUUCUGAGGGUGGCGGCGAUUCAGACCCUGGUGUGCAUUUCGAAUCUGUACGAUUACGCCAAGCAGAACUCCGGGCCGCUCAGAUCGAUGGUCGGGACGGUAGAGGGAGCGGUCACCGCCGUCGUUGGUCCCGUUUACCGGAAGUUUAAGGGCGUUCCUGACGAUGUCCUCACUUUCCUCGACGCCAAGGUGGAUGAAGCCACAGACAAGUUCGACAAGCAUGCUCCUGUGGCCAAGCAGGUUGCAAGCCAAGCGCACUGCUUGAUCCAGAAAGCAGCGGAAAAGGGGCAGAGAAUUGUAAGGGAGGCUGAAACUGGUGGUCCACGCGCAGCUAUUCACUAUGCAGCUACUGAGUACAAGAACUUUGUCUUGAACCAAUCUGUGAAGUUGUGGGUCGGACUCAACAAGUACCCUUCCAUCCACACAGUGGCACAGAAGGCUGCACCAACCGCUGCGCACUGGUCUGGCAAAUACAACCACAUCGUAAAGGACUUGACCCGUAAGGGCUAUGCCAUCUUCGGCUAUCUACCCCUGGUUCCGAUCGAUGAGAUGUCUAAGGCAGUUGAAAAGGGAGAGACGGAGGCUGAUUUUAUCGUCAAUUAA